GGUCUCCCAGAUACAACAGGAGAAGUGUUCACGGAGUAUUUUUACAGAAAUUGCUUACUCUUUCCACAAGUUAGGAUGGGUACUACUCUUUACGUCACGUUAGGCCUGGCCGUUAUAGUUCUUGUUCAGGCUGCAGUAGCAUUAGCCAGCCCUCAGAUAGUCACCACGAGCCGAUAUCGUUUUCCUCUGUGUUCAUCUCAGGAGGACUGCAAUGCUGAUGAGUGCUGCGUGGCUGACUUCCUUAGUACCCCGACCAAGAGGGGCGUGAGUAGUUUCUGGAAGAGGCGUGAUGGCAGCAGCGAUGACUUUCCUUUGGCUGCCAAGAGGGAACGGGGUAUGAGCUCAUUCUGGAAGCGAGGGAGAUGGCAGAGUCAAGGUGCGUGCUUGCCCAAGCGUGCAGAAGGACAGUCAUGUGGAGGUGUCCUUUCCUGUCCCUGCAAUGGCGGCCUCUACUGCUUCACCGCUCACGAGCGCUCAUUAGCUAUCAGGGGGAUCUGCAAACGAAAUGGACAAAAGGCCGGGUUUCCAGACUUCUUUGAAUCGUGAACGAUACUGUGUUUGUAGCAAGCCCUCACAAAAUCCCUUACUUUCUGAAUGACAUGUCUCCACUCAUGAUUUAUUUAGUGAGAUUUAUUCAAGUGAAAGUGAAAGUUACAGUAGACAGCAUUCGAGCAUAUAAGGCGAACAAUGCAACUUUUGUGCUACCUUAAUCACAAAACAAGAAAAGCUUUUCCCUCCUUGCACAACUCAUUUAAGAUUAAAAAAAACGGUUAAAUCAGAUACUGAGGUGCAUGAUGUAUAUUCUAUGUUCAAGUUUACCAGAUUAAUGUUGUUUAAAAAAACAUUGCGCGUUAUUAACAAAGCAGUCAUGUAGACUAUAGUGUCGUUUACACCAAGAAAUUGCCAGGUCCUGCCCGGAUAAUUUUCGUUUGCGUUUAUGUACAAAAUUUGAUCCUGGCCAUGAUAGGCUAACUUAACCCAGACAUUAGAGGAGGAUUAAAUCUGACUUUCAUUCCGGAUCAGAAAUCUGACCAGCUAUUUUCCAUAGUGGGAAAGAAAUAACAGAAAUAGUUCAGUUAAAAUGUUUAGCGAAUUUGGCUCUUAGUGGAUCAACUUCAGAUAGCGCGGAUGAAAAGCAAAUUUAGACUGGAUUAAAUUCUGAUAGUGCGGACGCAAAGCAAAUUUAGACCGGAUUAAAUUCUGAAAUCUACCGAUCAAAUAUGUGUCGAGUAAACAUUAAUAUCGCAUACAUUCCGAAAUUAGUCGCCUUAUCAUAUCCAAACAAAAAGAUGACCUACUCACAAUAUUGUUAGUUGAUUAAUUUUGAGUCGGAUCCAUAAAAUGUUUACUAAUCACUGUUACAUGAGCCACUGAUGUGGACUUGUGACUCGGUCUUUCAACUAUGAUAAUAAUUAUAAUGAUAUUAAUAAUAAUAGUUUUGGAUCAGGAUGGUGUUGGUGUGUACUACUCAUCACUUCCGGUAUUAUAUGGGUGAGUUAAGCUGUUAGAAAAUGAAAGAGUGCCGAUCAGGGAGAUCUGAUCAUAUCAGGGUAGUUGCAAGAAGCCACCAAUGAAAAAGUGCAAAAUGUGAUAACAAUGAUAAUAAUAAUGUUGGGUUCUUUUAUAGCGCAUAACCAUGGUUUCUCAAUUAGUUCAAUGCGCUUUUGGGACCAUUUAUUAUCCCAAUCUCUGCCGAUGUCAAUCUGGGGUUUCAAAUAGCAGCUAUUAAGCGCUCAAUCGAACUCGACCAGUAGGACGUUUCUAAGUGGCGGCAAGCGCUGAGUAGGUCCCUGGUUCAAACACGACAGUCGGUAGGAGACUUUGGGCAUGUCUCCCUGUUUAACCUGCCGUACUUCACCCCGGUUUAUGAAUGGAUAUAUCGGUCACAUAUGCUCAGAUUGCAGCGCUGAGUGAGCAGCUCAUCUGCGUUCUUCUGAAAGGUUUCUUAUAGACCGGGCUCAAUGUGUGAAGUCGGAUGACAGCAUCUAACAACCGUAUUGAGACUUAUAGUCUGAACGUUAAGUCUUAACGUUAACUUCAACUUUGUACUUUUACUACUUCCCCAAAAGGUGUUAGGUCUGAUUUCCGGUCGAUGCCCGGCAGCAAAGGUAAUCAAUGUUUUCAAUUCUGGCUAAUUUUUCUGGAAACCCGCCUGGGGUCACACGUGGGUCCUGGGGUUGAUGCAGUUGCCGCAGAUGUGGAGAGGUAGUAUAGCCCAUAGCCUCUGUUCAUGAUCAAUGAUGCUGUGUUGCAUCUGAUUGUUUACGUUCUCAUACAUACCAACGUCUCAUUUGGCCAUUCGUGGCAAUAAUUUUGGCGUCAUGCCAAUAAAGGACAUGGUUGGUAUUUGCCAUGUGAGGUGAUGUCUAUAUAUAUGGAUUGUCUCACGACUUGGAAGCCCGGCUAGCCACCGGUGAACCAGAAGUAACAGCCAGAGUUUCGAUUUCUGGUGCUGCCUACCAAAAAUCACACCAGAUGAUGCGAUUAGGAGCAAAAAGGUAAAAUUUCUCAAAGGAGAAAAUUUUUUUGAACCGGAUCAAAUUUAAACAUUCUUUACAAAAUGGAUCUUAAUUAAAUAAAUCUAUUGAAAAGACGGCUUUUGAUGAAUAGAAAGAUACUGAGGUCUGACGCCAGGUGUGCAAGUUAUCGCGCUAGCACGUACAGACAACGAUCAUUCCCUGAUACCGUUAGUGGCAUUUUUAGUAUUGAUUGUCAGCGUAUAACAUUUAUAAAACACGACGUUACCCCAAAUAUUUACUUGGUGUUUUCUGGUGUAGGCUACAAAGUGAUUGAAUGUUUUACACAGAGAUAGAAUAAGCGUAAGCGUUUCCAAACAUGCACGUUGGCUCCUGAAACCGAAACUGCAAUUGAAGUAAUGUGUCGUCAAUCAAGAUAAGGCAAUCGCAUCCCACAUAAUUAUAAUCUGUAAACGCGGUGAAAACAAACACAAGCAAUGAGAAGAUAAAAGCAAGUUCACUUUGACUGUGGUCUACCAAACUACAGUACAUGUAUUGCAACUUUAUACACAAACUAUCAAAAUCUUUUCCGGAAAGUGAUUUCCAAAAUUUAUAUAACAUUAUUACAGUACAACCUCUCUAUUGCGGACACCCGUGGGACUGGGCCCAGGUGUAUUGAAGUAAUGUAUCUGCAUGAGAUUAUGGUUGGCUCACAGAUAAGUACUCAAUGUGCUGGCUCUAAAAACGUUUGGACGUCAAUAGGCCGUCAAAUUUCAUCUUUUUGAGAAAUUCACUUCUGUCUGUUGUCAGACGUUUGAUUGAGAAUUGUACAUUUCUAUUUUAACGGUAACUCGUGUCAAAUUUCACCAUAUAAUGUUUUAGCUGUUUUUGACAAAUGACUACGUCACUUUCUCAUAAAUCGGUAAGGUUUUCGAAUCGAAAUGCACAUUUUCGAGAAAUUGAUGGUUUUAAUCCCGCCCGGACGGCUCGCUUCGAUGCCGUUGAAAUCGCGCUACGCCGACGACGUUUUCGUUGAUGACGUCACAACAUGAACAUUUUUGCGGUCGACGUGGUUUACAUUCCCGCGAAAAAAAAAAUCUCAUUCGUUUAUUUACGACUGCCAUUGACCAUUGACAUUCCAUCCUGUCCUUACACAAUAUAUACACGAUAAGAACUGAAGAUUAUGGAGAAGAAGAAGAAAAGGGUUGUCGGGUGGCGUUGUGCUGCGAUGUUUUGCGGCAACACCAGCAAAACUGAAGGUGUUGGGGUUUUCCGCUGGCCUGACCCUAUCAAAGAACCGGGCCGUCACCAUGAAGUUCGAGUCAAGAGGUCACCAGCCGUUGGUUCAUCUUCUCCUCCUGAUGCUCCGCCGGAACACAACUUCGAGAACCAACUCCAAAUGCGUCUGCCGUUGGGGGUCUUCCAGCACAUUUGGAAAAAAUCUCGAAGUAACGAAGUAACGAAGUAAGGGAAGGAACGGCCCCUCCCCUCCCCCCCAAGUCCACAGUCCUAGUCAUUUCAUCAUAAAUGUCCUAAGUCCAACCAGGAAAUUCCAUCACUGACGUCAUAAUAAUGGUAUUCCUAAAACUAUUUUUAGACCUCAUUUAAUUAGAUUUUCCUGAGCGUACGUGAACUACUGCGGAUAUAGCUUCUUCCUAGAGCGAAUAGGAAAAUAUUCGACGGUCUGACUUGUUCAUGUUGUGACGUCAUGAGGUCACGUGACUUAGUGCGGGUUUUUCAAAACGUCUUUGGCAGUUGGCCAGUCUGACGCGAUUAAAACCUCGAUUUUAUAAUAAAUCUAAUCAAAAAUGGAAAAUUUUAGCUUUACAUUUGUGAUCAACAAUUAAAAACGGACGUAUUUCCGCAAAGUUGUAAAUCACAUCAUAGUAUCACUUUAAUGAUAAGCCUGCUGGCCAAUAUCAUAUCCUGGAUUUUUGGAAAACAGGUCAUUAUGAUUGUUGUGUGAUCGACGUAUCAAUAAACUGUAAAAUUAUUCCUUAUAGUAUUUUCUAAAAUCUCUACUACAAUGUGAUGAUAAUUGCAAUAUACCACCGCUAUGUUUAAGGAAUUAAUACCGAGCUGGCGGUCAUUGGUUGUAUAAUCAAGACCGCUCGGGUAGACCGAAAAUGCAGUCCAAAACCCGAGGCGCUUCGCCGAGGGUUUUGGACGUAAUUUGAGGUCUACCCGAGCGGUCUUGAUUAUACAACCAAUGACCGACAGCGAGGUAUUAAUUUCUAUUCUAAAAGGUUUCAAAAUUAAACAAAUUAAAUACGAUUUGAAAGGUAUAUAUGUUCCGUUUUCGUCAAAGAAUGAUCCAGCCUGGUGUCCGGAACUCCGCCAUAUUGUUGCUCGUGAAGAUGACGUCACGCAGCAAGGGAAUUCCCAGUCUGCUAGCUCGAUUUCUACCAUUUCCUCGUCUUUGACCUCUUCUGAAUCCUGACUGACGACCUCGAAAGAGUCCUCGGGUAUCCUCCCUACUUCACAAAUCCCAAUAUAUCGGGGAAUACUUCAAAAUCUCGUGUUCUUGACAUUGUUUUGUGGGGCUGAGUCGUUGCUUCUUGGUGAAAAUAAUUCGUCUGCUAAAAUUCAGAAUUUUAUACCUACCCAGGCGGUCAUUGGUUACGAUACCAAGACCGCUCCGAUCAAAACGAGGCGUAAUGUAUUUUGUAUUAGAAACAAUGAUAUACUGUGACUAAGGCCUUUUAGAAUUUAGGUUUAAUGAGUGAAGAGAACAAAGGCAAACAUAUUGAUACGCAAGAAUGAACCUCAAUCAGAAUGAGUCGCUAAAAUGUCUUUGUUAUUGCUUGGAGAGAAGUUUUGUUAUUUUGGAAACCUUGACCUUUCUUCAUUUAAUUGAAAUACUAUGUCUAGCUUUAGCUGAGAACGAUGCUACAUGUCAUUCCAUGGACAAUGCUGUAAAAUAAAUAUUUUAAUACAAAUGGUUA